CUUAUUCGGCUGCCAUUCGGCAGCCGCGCAGUAUCCGGUACCUCCCCUUUCUCCUCCCCUUCCCACGGUAGACAUGGCGGCUCCCUGGGCGCCUUUCGCCGCAACGGUCACUAGCUUCCUAUUUACCCGUAGUAGGAAUGGACUGGCCCGGAGCCGAAUCGCCUGGAAAGCAGCGGCAACUGAGCAGAGAACGGUAAUCGGGAGCCAGGUAUUAAGGUUAAUACAUACCACGAGCAAAACACAAAAGAAAAAUGUUGCAACCUCAGGACGUGAAGAAUAUACAAUGGCUUUUAAAAAACAGAUCGAAGAAUUCAACAUAGGAAAGAGACAUUUAGCCAACAUGAUGGGAGAAGAUCCAGAAACUUUUACCCAAGAGGAUAUUGAUAGAGCUAUUGCCUAUCUCUUCCCAAGUGGCUUAUUUGAAAGGGCCAGACCAAUUAUGAAGCAUCCUGAAGACAUUUUUUCCAAAGCUAGAGCAAUCCAAUGGGGAGAAGAUGGCCGUCCAUUUCACUUUCUAUUUUAUACUGGCAAGCCAUCAUAUUACUCAUUAAUGCACGAAGUAUAUGGAAUGAAAUUAGACCUGGAAAAACACUCAGAUCAGCUGAGAGCCAAAGGUCUAUUGCCUCAGAAAAAUAAACAAGACCUGAUUGGCAGCAGAUGGCUGAUUAAGGAGGAACUAGAAGAAAUGUUAGUGGAAAAACUGUCAGAUCAAGAUCAUAUGCGGUUCAUUCAGCUGCUCGAAAGGUUAUUGACAUUGCCAUGUGGUAGCACUGAAGAAGAAUACAUACACAAGUUUCGCAGAGCUAUACCUAUUCAGUCCAAAAAAAAGCUGAUUGAGCCUCUACAAUAUGAUGAGCAAGGAAUGGCCUACAGCAGUGGGGAAGGCAAAAGAAAAACUGCAAAAGCAAAAGUAAUAGUUUAUGAACAUGGAAGUGGAAGAGUAAAAGUGAAUGGAGUAGAUUAUUUGCUUUACUUUCCAGUAACACAGGACAGAGAACAGCUGAUGUUCCCGUUCCAUUUCCUCGACUGUCUUGGAAAGCAUGACAUGGAUUGCACAGUCUCGGGUGGAGGGAGAUCUGCACAAGCAGGAGCAAUUCGUUUAGCUACAGCAAACGCAUUAUGUAGUUUUGUCACUGAAAAUGAAGUAGAAUGGAUGAGACAAGCUGGUCUACUGACUCCUGAUCCUCGUGUAAGAGAACGAAAGAAACCAGGCCAAGAGGGAGCCCGCAGGAAAUUCACCUGGAAGAAACGCUAAGUCUUAUUCAAAGAAAAAGAUUGACUCUGCUGGGCAGCACUUUUAGAAAUGUUUUGAUCUUUGUAAUUUAUUUUCAGACUGAUAUCAAUAUAUUUGAAAAUUAACAAUAAAUAUACAUAGAUAUGUAUAUACACAUAAACACACAUGCAUAGAUAAAUAUUUCUAUCCAGCCUAUUUUUCUUUAUUUUUAAAAUUGUCUUGGAAGAUCAUUUUAGAAACAUUUUAUAGAAUAUUAGAACUGAAAGAAAUUUUAGAAAAUAUCUAAUCCAACUCCCUCAUUUUGCAAAUGAGGAAAUUGAAACCAAAUAAAAAUUUUUUUUUCAUUACUUCAUUCCUUCCUGCUACCUCUCUCUUAAAAAAGUUCAUUGCUGGGGGCAGCUAGAUGGCGCAGUGGAUAAGCACCGGCCCUGGAUUCAGGAGUACCUGAGUUCAAAUCCUGCCUCAGACACUUACUAGCUGUGUGACCCUGGGCAAGUCACUUAACCCCAAUUGCCUCACCCAAAAAAAAAAAAAGUUCAUUGCUUGCUGGAAAACUUGAGUAGUGAGUAUAUCUCCUUGAACAGGGCUGGUCUUCAGGUGCAGGCUAUCAUCAGGGCCAUAUUUGAAUCUUGUUAAACUUUAUAAAAUAUGCCCAAAGAACUUACAUUCUGGUGGCAUAGGCUUUGAUAAUUCCACAUGAAUAGGACUUGUGGAGAAGCCUCUAACUACAAUGUUUGGAAAACUUUCUGCUUUAAUGGAGUGAAUGAAUGGAGAGCAUUUAUUAAGCACUUACUAUGUGCCAAACACUGUGCUUUAAGCCCUGGAGAUACAAAUGCAAAAGUGAAAUCAUCUCUGUCCUCAGAAAGCUUAUAUUUUAAUAGAGGAGAGUAGUGGCCAGGGAAGAGAAUUGUGCUCUGGGAAAUCAGAAGUCAUGGGAAGAUGGUAAGUGGAACAUGCUCUUUCAGAGGCUAUGAGAGUGAUGAUUUAAUUACAGCUCUCAGGGAAAGUUAGAAGGGAAGGAAUAGAAAAGUGUGGAAAAUGGCUAAAGGUAAGGAUUCAUGGUCCCAGGGAGUGCAGGGAGGCUGCAUGGCCUCUGGUGUAAAAUAAGAGCAUCAGGACAGAAAAGGCCAGGGUGAAGAUAAACAUGUGUGGUCCCAGGAAGGACAGAGCUGAGUAGCCCAGGAAGAGUACUUGGAGUCAGGACCUGCAUUCAGACCCUGGCUUUUCCACUUACUAUCUGUAUAACCUUGAACAAGUCCUUUAAUUUCUCCCAGUCUCACUUUCCUCAUUUGUAAAACAAUGGUGUUGAACAAGAUGACAUUUGGCAUUUCUUCUAACUCUUAGUCUAUAAUUUAAAAAAUAAAAUUCCAUUACACUGAAGAGAUAGUCAUUAUAAUAUUUUUUUUCCUGUAGGUAAUCCAAAAGCAUAGUUCUGUCCAUGCCAUCUUCUUACAAUUUAUUCUAGGGGCUCACUUUUGCCACUGGAAUCAAACACAAGCUUGCCCAUCACAACCUGGCUCAAUUCCAGUCUUAAGUACACAUUACUCCCCUUCAUUCACACAUUGUGGUCCAGCAAAACUGGUCGCCUUUACUGUUUCUCAUACCUAGCACUCCAUAUCCCAUCUCCCUGCUUUUACACUAGCUAACCCCCAUGCCUGAGAUUAACACCCACCUCAUUUCUGCUUAGAACCCCCAGUUAACUUCAAAGUGCAUGUUGUUAAGUGUUUCUUUCUUUUUUGUUUUUUUUUUUUUUUUUUUUUUUAAGUGAGGCAGUUGGGGUUAAGUGACUUGCCCAGAGUCACACAGCUAGUAAGUAUUAAGUGUCUGAGGCUGGAUUUGAACUCAGGUACUCCUGACUCCAGGGCCGGUGCUCUAUCCACUGUGCCACCUAGCUGCCCCUAUUAAGUGUUUCUUAAUUCUACUUCAUUUCCUCCCAACCUCAUUGUGCCUUCCAAAUUUUUUUAAAUUUACAUAUAUAUAAAUACAUACGUACACAUGUCAUCUCCUCUGGCUAAAUUAGAAGCUUCUUAAAGAAAGGGACUUUUUCAUUUUUGUUUUCAUACAUCCAACACAUCACUCAUAGUAAAUGCUUAAUAAAUACUGUUGAUUGAAUGACCUAAAACACUUGUCAGGGAGCUGUGCUGCAUACUGUGGGGAAUACAAAGGUAACUAAGCUACAUAGUUUCUGCACUAAAGGAAUUUACAGUCUAUCGGAUAUUGGAAAAAUCUAACCUCUUAAAGCAGAAGUCACAUUUAAUAUUUCCCUCAAAUUAUGCACAUAGAUAGACUUCUCUAUUCAGAAGCUUCACCAAUGUUUAAUGUAGACUACAUAUGACACAGCCAUUAGAUGGCACUCUCUGAGUAGUGUACGCUUCUGUACAAAGGCUCAGCAUGCUAACUGCUAUACAAAUACUAAGAAUAUGCGACCACAAUAAAGAAAGACUAUGACCGAACUCUCUUUUGAGGUGAUACAAAAUACGUGCCAGAGAAAUUGUGGGUUUCUGUGUGAAAAAAUCAUAAAAACCAGGAGAUUGUAAAGCAAAGGGAGGUGAGUCUUAGAAAAGUCAAGUGAGUUAUGUGCAAGCCUACAAGUGAAGUAAAAUCUUUUUAUGAAGACAAUCCAGCAGUGGAGUAUUCCUUUUUUUGUUUGUUUUCCUUGAACUCUAUUUUAAUCUAAAAAAGAUUGAAUCCUCUCCAGAGAAGGUUUCAUAGUGUGAACUACAUCAGCCCAUGUCAAAUAGAAAAAAUAUAGAGAGAUCUUUCCAUAGUUUCAUCUAAUUUUCAUGGAAAUUUGCUUCCCUAAGUUUGCUAUCAUUACUUCUUGAGGCUCCUUAAAAGUUUUCUUCAGUACCAACCUGGAUUUCAUUUUUUGAAAUUGCAAAAUAUCCUUUGGGGUGAAAAGGUAUGUUUUGCCAUAGGUGGCAUUUGGGGAUACCCUUUGUGAAGGUAGUAUUAAUAUUCCAAAUAAAUUCUUCAGUAAUAAAACUAAAUUACUAAGCAUUGGAGACUCAUGCAAGUAUAAAUGUUAAUACUCUUUCUGCCAUCCAUUCAUUGGGUGACCUUGGGUAAGAUAUCUUCCUGUUUCAGUUCUUUAUGGAAGAAAUGUUGAUAAUAAAUUCUCAUUACCUACUUCUUAGAGAUGUAAUGAUUACUGUAUGCCCAUAGCUGUCCUAGGUACUGUGAGGGCCAGCUUUCAUAGAACUUUAUAAUCUAGUUGGGGAGACAAGAUUAAGACACAAUAAUAGCUUAUUACUGUAGUUGUAGUAGUAGUAGUAGUAGUAGUAGGCCUCCACCAGUCACGGACA